AUGACGACGACGACGACGACGACGACAACGACAAGAGUCGCUUCUUCUUCCUCAACUCGGAAUCGAAUCCUCAAAGAUGCAAACGGAGACAUCGGUGAGCAUCUUCGUAACCACAUCCAUUUAACAAACUGUAUUCACUUGAAGAACCAUAUGCACAAACAGAGCCCGGUCUUAACCGACCGUGCCCUAAUGAGAGACCUCAUUGUCCUCCAAAGGUCACGCUCGCUCAGAGAUCCCUCCGCGAGCCCACCACCGGCUUGGAACACGCAGUCCUCGAUCGUCGAUUUGCUUCCUAAGAAAGGAGAUCACUUGGAAGGAGGAAGACGAUCCGUUGAUCAGAAGAAGUCAAAGUCUAGUCGUAGGUUGUCUGGUUUGAGUGGCUCUUCACCUGUUGUGAACUUUGGGACAUCAAAGGUGACUCCUUCUGAUGAAGGGCUGAGUCAAAGCUUAGAACUUGGAGGUGGUAGAGAGAGUGGUAGGAGAGUGAAGAGAGAGGAAUCUAGUAGAAAGAGUUAUAGAGUUGAGGAUGAUUAUCAUCAUAAUGUCAAUGUGGUUUCUCAUGGCGUUGCUUCUGGGAAUUCAGGAUCGAAAGCUAGUGGUAGGCUUAGUAGAAUCAAUGAUGCUAUUGCUAAGACACUGUCUGAUCAGUUAAACGAGGUUGUUGGAGGAGAUAGUGAUGAUGUUGUUUCGUCUAAUGUUCGUCCAAGGGUUAGGUAUGGUGGUGCUGCUGGUGGUGGUGCUCGGGGAUGCGGUGGUGGAAUGAGUCGGCCUAAAAGGCGGAAAUUUAGAGGGACGAGGAGAGUUAGAGGUAAGAGUAGAGAUACAGGUGGUGGUGGUGGUGGGAAGAGUGAGAUGUCUGUUGCUUCUAACACACUGCCUCAAGUUGAGAAGCAUCAUGAGGGAGAGAAAGAAGGAUUUGGGGAGCAGAACAUGACUAAAGCUUGUGGGAUUCCGUUUAACUGGUCAAGAAUCCAUCACCAAGGGAAGACUUUUCUUGAUAAAGCCGGUAGGAGUUUGUCUUGUGGUAUGUCUGAUUCUAAAGGAAGGAAAGGUGAAGCCAAUGAGAGGAAUGGUUCUGAUUUGAUGAUGAGACAGUCUGAUGAUGAUGACUCAAGCUCAUUCAUCCGGUCUGAUGGCGGCGAGGCGCUUCCUUUGCUGGUUGAUAGUGCAGAGAAUGAAGGAUGGGUGCAUGAUUACUCAGGGGAGCUAGGGAUUUUCGCUGACAACUUGCUCAAGAACGAAGAAGAUUCUGAUCUUGCUUCAGAAGGAAGGUCAGGAGAGAAGAAACAUAAGAAGAAGAGCCAUAGAAACGUUCGGCAUCAGCAUCAGAGUCUUACGGAGAAGUACACUCCUAAAACAUUCCGGGAUCUUGUUGGACAGAAUCUUGUUGUGCAAGCUCUUUCCAAUGCAGUUGCAAGACGAAAGCUUGGACUUUUGUAUGUCUUCCACGGUCCAAAUGGUACUGGGAAGACUUCUUGUGCUCGGAUAUUCGCAAGGGCUUUGAAUUGUCACUCCAUGGAACAACCGAAGCCUUGUGGCAGUUGCGGCUCAUGUGUUUCACAUGAAAUGGGGAAAAGCUGGAACAUUCGUGAAGUAGGUCCUGUUGAGAACAUUUUGGAUUUGCUUGAUGGUGAUGGUAAUGUGAUGGUUUCAUCUCAGUCGCAGUCUCCACGUGUUUUCAUAUUUGAUGAUUGCGAUACAUUGUCGUAUGAUUGCUGGAACGCUCUGUCCAAAGUGGUGGAUCGAGCAGCGCCACGUCGUGUGGUCUUUAUCCUCGUGUGUUCGAGUCUUGAUGUUCUGCCACAUGUGAUCAUAUCGAGGUGCCAGAAGUUCUUCUUCCCGAAGCUGAAAGACGCAGACAUCGUUUGCUCCUUGCAGUGGAUUGCAUCAAAGGAAGAGAUUGAGAUAGAGAAAGAUGCCUUGAAGCUUAUUGCUUCGAGAUCAGAUGGUUCGUUGAGAGACGCUGAGAUGACUCUUGAACAGCUGAGUUUGCUCGGACAGAGGAUCUCUGUUCCUUUAGUUCAGGAACUGGUUGGGCUUGUUUCUGAUGAGAAGUUAGUGAAUCUUCUUGAUUUAGCUUUAUCUGCAGAUACUGUAAACACUGUGAAGAAUCUGAGAACAAUAAUGGAAACAAGUGUGGAACCAUUAGCUCUAAUGUCACAGCUUGCAACUGUCAUAACUGAUAUUCUUGCUGGUAGUUAUGACUUCACCAAAGAUCGGCAUAAGAGAAAGUUUUUCCGGCGACAACCAUUAUCAAAAGAAGAUAUGGAGAAGCUGAGACAGGCACUUAAGACAUUAUCAGAGGCAGAGAAACAGCUGAGAGUAUCUAAUGAUAAACUGACUUGGCUCACAGCCGCGUUGCUUCAGCUGGCUCCUGAUCAGAACUACUUGCUUCAACGUUCUUCCACUGCGGAUACUAGCUUUAACCGGAGUCCACUGCCGUUAGAGAACAAUGGAGGUAGAGAAAGCUCAGAUCACCAUCUGGAUCCUUCUAGCGACGCAGCAGGGGAAAGAAGUUCUGGACUGGACAGAAGAAGAGGAGGGGACGGUAGAAAAAACCGACCAGCGGUUGAAGAGAUUUGGUUGGAAGUUAUUGAGAAGCUUCGUGUUAACGGUUUGAAAGAAUUUCUUUACAAAGAGGGAAGAAUAGUAUCUCUUAGUCUCGGUUCAGCUCCUACAGUGCAUCUAAUGUUCAGCUCAGCGUUAACCAAAUCGACGGCUGAGAAGUUCCGUGGCCACAUAAUGCAAGCAUUUGAGGCGGUUCUUGAGUCUCCGGUAACUAUAGAAAUCAGAUGCGAGGCAAAGAGAGAGCCAAGAAACAAUGCAAAAGACAAAAGCUUUCCAUCAUCUUUAGCAGUGAUUGGCCAAGAUUACGAUGGAAGCGGAAGAAGUGAGAUAGUUGAAGUCAUCGAACCUAAUGGACAAAGAAGGGAUCACCAACAGAAGCAAGCGGAGGCGGAGGAGAAGACAGAGCGAGCUGGUGGUUCUUCGGCGUUAGCCAGAGCUAGAAGGAAACAUUUGGAAGCAAGCCAGAGCCAAAGCAUUGUGAGAGGUAAAGUCUCCUUGGCACAUGUGAUUCAGCAAGCUGACGGAUGCACACUCCAAAACGGAUGGUCUAAACGCAAAGCCGUGUCUAUCGCAGAGAAGCUGGAACAAGAGAAUCUGAGGCUUGAACCAAGAUCAAGAAGCUUGUUAUGCUGGAAAUCCUCAAGAGGCACACGUCGCAAGGGCACGAGGUUGAAGGUGAGAACAAGAAGGGCAUCAAGACCACAUUCGUUAUUGAAGCUCGUGUCGUGUGGGAAAUGUCUGUCUACGAGAUCUCCAACAAGAUAA